AUGCCGCGAAAAUCAUACCCUGUACCGCUAGUUAUCUCGCCUGUCCGCAAUGAGCACACUCAUACCAUAAUUGCGCUUCAUGGGAGAGGAAGCAAUGCCGAACGGUUUGGUCGUGAGAUUCUCGCAUCAGCCAAUCUACAAAAUCGGCUCCCAACCGUGAAAUUCGUUUUUCCAACAGCGUCUAAACGCCGAUCAACAAUACUGAAAAGGGUGCCAAUAAAUCAGUGGUACGACAACUAUUCCCUGGAUGACCCUGGGGAGAGAACAGACCUGCAAAUCGAAGGUCUUUGUGAGACUGCCGAAUUUCUUCGCGACUUGAUCACAAACGAAGCGCAUAUUCUGGGUGCGGGAGGCUAUCGCAAGAUCAUCUUAUGGGGUCUAAGCCAGGGAUGUGCUGCCGGCAUCUUCACGGUCUUGGGUGGCUGGGGCGAUAAUUCUACAACGAACGCUAUUGGAGCGUUUGUCGGGAUGAGUGGAUGGCUGCCAUUUGAGCAGCAUCUAAAAGAGAUUCUCCGAUGUGAUGAUGACUCUGAGCUGGCUGGAGAUAACAGCCGCUAUGAAAGCCAAUCAGAUGACCAUGAUGGGGAUGACCGGGAUAUAAGCAGUGAUGAAGAUCUAGAAAAGGAUGAGUGGUCUGAUUCUGAAUUAGAAGACGAUUUGUUUCACCAACCUGGCCAACCAAACGAUGACUUCAAUCCAUUCAUGGAGGAGGAGGAAGAAACAGACAUUCCUCCUGCUAUCCAAGCUGUUAACUAUAUCCGCGAUAUCCUUGAUCUUCCUAUGCUUUCGACGGAUGAAGAGUCACCAUCGCUAUCGCCUAAAGAUCCACUAUCGCCCUCGAAUCUAUAUCAACUUCAAAUACCUAUAUUCAUUGGCCACGGCGCAGAAGAUCCCAAGGUUUCCGUACGCCUUGGCGAAAAAAUGAGUCAGGUGCUUUCAAAGGGCCUGGGAAUGGACUUGACAUGGAAGUCAUAUGAGGGACUUGGUCAUUGGUAUCGUGCUGAAGAUGAAAUCCAAGACAUUCUUAAAUUUCUUCAAACACGCGUGAACCUACCAGUGGAAGAUGACUUGCCGGUGUCCAAUUCCUGA